CUCUUUUAUCUCUUUUUUUCAUGUCCCUUUCCUCCCUUUUAUUCGAGGUCUAGAACAGAAGGAAAUCUUAUUCAAAAGUGGGGAAAACAUGUUAAAAAUAAAUGUGUACAGAAGCAUUUUACCCUCAAUUAAAGGAAAACUGUUGUUCGCUAAUUAUUUGUAUGGUGGCUACUCAACUUUAGAUAGAAGUGUGCAAUUUUGUCAAGGCAACUGAUAGGCCUUUAUAAAUAUAUUAAUCGACUUUCAUAUCAUUAAAGAAAUUGAGGUGAAGGUGGCCUAGAUGCACAUGUAUAUGCUAUUUUUGCACAAUCUUACAAGGUGAGAAAUCCUUCAUGGAAUAUUUUUAACAGAUCCCACAUGCAAUUAAUGUAUUUUCUUCUUAAUGCCCUACCAGUUAGUAUUUUAUGGAAAAUAUUUUUGUUUUGGGGUUCACAAUGUUCAUAUUUAAGAUCGAAGAAGAAGAACGAAAACUCGAAGCAGCUAUUGAAGAAACAGAAAAGCAGUGUGCUCAAGUGACUGCCAAACUGAAGGAAUUGAAGUUAAAAUCUAGCCACUUUAACAAGUUAGAGGAGCGGUAUUGGCAUGAGUUCAAUAAUUUUCUGUUUCAGUUAAUUUUACAUCAGGAAUAGAGAGAUGCAAUCUUGGCUAAAAUUGAAGUUUCACAAGCACAUUUUGAGUCAUUUAGAGGCAUGUGCUUGUAUCAUGACUUACGAAAGGCAUAUUAUGUAAAUUUAGUUAUAUUAUCUAGAUUUUUUAAAGAAUUUUGUAGGUGCUUGUACUUUUUGUUUUUGAACUCGUUAGGUGCUUGUACUUGAAAGAAAUGAUGUACGAUGUUUAUAAUAAAAAAUUAUUU